AAGUUUUAUCAAAAGAUUCCUACAAUUUUCAUAUCUACAAAUUGUUUCGCUACAGUGUUCUCCCAAAAACCGGUUCCAUAGAAAACGCUCCGGUAAAUACUAUUGCACCCUGCCUCAACGUAAAACCUUACCUUUGCCUCGCCGUCUGCCGUCCGUGGCGGAGGAUGUUGUAAGGAUUCCUCACCGUUUCAUUGAUGGCUCCGUCCAUCGAGCGGCUCCAUUACCGAACCCAUCGUACAUCGGCGACCACCCUCGGUCGGCUCUGGUUCCGCCAGUCGGCCGGUGAGGCUACAGUCAGCCCGACUGUGUGACCAGCGUUUUGAUGCAAUUUCUUCGGCGCAAAACCCACCAAAACUGUGCAGCAGAGCUCACCAGCAGUGUGAGCCAGUGAGGUUAAGGAUUAUUAUGGCAGUGCAGUGUCAUCUGGUCGCUGGUGCAUUCUAGUCAUGGCGUUCCAGGGUUACAGUUCGUCGGAUCAGUUACUGCAUCGCCAGGGGGAACGGAUGUUCGGGGGGAUGGGGCUCGGCAGCACCCGCCGGUUGUCGCUAUUCUUCGCCACGCUCUGUGUGGUCGAUCUGUUCGGUGUGUUUCCGAUCGUCGCGCUGCCAAAGUCGAUCAUUUCCUGCGGAUUGUACGGUAUACCGUUGGUGCUGUUUGUGAUUACGCUGCAGAUCUACACCGCGGUUGUGCUGGGGCGUUGCUGGACGAUUGCCGAAAAGCUGGACCCAUCGAUAGUGGCUAAAAAUCGAUACCCGUAUGCAGCCAUCGCAGAGUUUACGUACGGCAGACGGAUGAGCGUGUUCGUGACGGUGCUGCUCGACCUGACCGUGUUCGGCGGUGGCAUACCGAACUUGUUGGUGGCAGCACAAAAUCUGCAGCUGCUUGGGGCGCGUGUCAGCGAGGGCAGGUUUGAGAUAUCGUUCUGCUACUGGCUGCUGAUUAUAGGACUGUUCCUGUGUCCGAUCAUGUGGUUGGGGAGUCCGAAAAAUAUGCGCACCCUGGCGAGUGUCUCGGUGGUGGUUUGUAGCAGUGUGGCCAUCCUGACGUGGAUCUCGAUCGGAGGGGAUCGCUCGGGAAGCUUCACACCGUUCAAAGACAUUGCGCUCGGGCUGCCACCGUUCGUCCAGCUACUGAAAGCGUACGGUAUAAUAGCGUUCCAGUUCGAUAUUCAUCCGAUGCUGCUGACCAUCCAGGUAGACAUGCAGCACAAACGGCAAAUCGGGAAGGCGGUACUGUAUGGCAUCCUGAUCACGUGCAGCCUAUCGGUGGUUACUACCUUCCUGACUGCCUAUCGGUACGGCAUGGAUGCUACGAAUAACGUGCUGCAGAUUUUACCCCGAAGCUGGUCGCUGUACAUGACCAUCCUGCUGGUCACUUUGCAGCUGUGCCUAUCGAGCGCCGUAGGCAACUCAGCGUUAUUUCAGCACAUUGAAGAUCUGCUCGGAGCUUCGCGAGAUUUUACCAUUAAAAGAUGCAUCAUAAGAUCAACGCUGGUAUGGCUGGGGGUUUUAAUAGCGGAAAUCUUACCCCGGUUCGACCUGGUAAUGGGUAUCAUCGGUGGAACGCUAACCGGACCGCUAAUCUUCAUUCUGCCUCCCCUUUUCUACCAACGCAUGCUGGAGCUGGAGAAGAUCUACAGCCAGGAACUGAAACGAUCGUACUCGACCGAUUCGUCGCAAAUAUCAGAGGAUCAAUUCGAGGAUUCGGAUAUCGAAACGAUUAGCGGUUCACGGCGCAGUUGGUACGGUUCAAUUGGAUCGCAAGGAUCGGCAUUGUCCGUGGCUAAAAUACGAGAUGGUGUCAAAAAGUGUAUGGACGUGUUGGCCAUUCGUUGCAGGCAAUUGUGCCACUUCAUGUACAGCGAUUGCAUUCUGGCGGGAUCGGUCAUUGUGUUCGGAAUAGCAGCAACCUUAGCGUCCACGUACUAUAACAUGUUCGAUGUGCGUGAAACGCAGCUAUGGUUUUCAUGUCUCAGUACGUGGCGUCGAUGAGCAGGUGCUGCGAUGCACAUUUUGUAUAUCAAAUUAGGCGGAAAGGAGAAAAAAGUUUUUGAAGCACAGGACGAAAAAGCCUGUGGUUCGAUUAUCAUGCUUAGUAGAGGUUGAAAUAACAAUUUAUGCAUACAUAUACAUUGAAUAAAUGACUAAUAAGACUUAUA